CGUCAACUGAAUUAUUACGUCACUGAAAUGCGGCUUGGUUUGUCUUUACCAUUGUAUCGAACCCAUUUAAACAUUUGGCCUUUUGUGCACCUGAAACUUGCCGCUUAGUCGUGAUGGCACACACGUUAUCUUCCGGGCCACCAAGCUCGAUAAAUAAUUUACGACAUGUUGUCCUACAACAUCAGCUUAAGCCAUGCCAGCCGCCGGUCCCAUGGCGAAAUUGCAACCAUGUGCAGUCGGAGUGCUCCACUUCGUAUCACCUAGAUCCUACCCAAUUACCGCGAGGAUGGCGUAUACGGUCUCAUGCGGCAAGGAAAGCUCGCAAUCAGCCGGAGCCGGAGCAGACCGUGGAGCCGGAGCCGGCUCCUGCGCGACGAAGGACGCGAAAGACAAAGACUCCGCCACCACCACCGCCACAGGAUUAUGAAGAUGAAGGGGAAGAACUGCCAGAACCUUCAAUGACGGCCGUGGCGCCAGAACAAGGGAAGCGGGGUCCUAGCAGCAAACCGACCACAACAGCUGCAGCCAAAGCUGCUAAAUCUCAGCAAUCAGAAGAAGACGAGCUGUCUGGGGUUGCCGUCAUGGACGGCGACAACGAGGGGGGUGUCGUACAGGAGGAUCCAGCCAGGCCACAAAUUGAAAUCGACCGUGAUCUGUACGACAAGCUCGAUGAUGCCAUGCACGGCGAGCCCAGCACGUGGAUGGACCUGCCCAUGCGCAUGGUGCCCAGCAACGAGGAGGACCAGCAGCGGCUGGAACAGGUGAUCCAGAUGGAGACCUACUUUGGUCGCAUCUGGGAGCACGAGGAGGUGGACGACCUGGCCUUCUUCGAGGCGGAGAAGAUGAGGGACAAGGCCCACAACAUCUACGCCAACACGCACCGCGUGGCCCGCAUGAUGCAUGUGCUGGAGGCGGAGGACUUCCGGAUGGGAGAGAAGCAGACGCACUGGUCCUCCUGGGCGCGAGCGGAGCUGCUCUUCUCCACCCACUACGACGAGUUCAACGAGGCGGUGAAGGCCAACAUGGACAGCAUCGUACGGCAGCCGCUGGACGAGGAGCUGCGGGAGCGGCUGGAGGCGAUUGGCGAGGCCAGCCUGCUGCCGCCCACGGAGGCGGAGGUGGCGCAGAUGGCGGAGGCGGAGGCGGCCAACACGCCGGCGGCGCUGAGGACCAUGUCGCGGGAGGAUGUGGCGCGGCGGGCGGCGACGAGCCUGCUGGAGGGGAUACUGCCGGGGGUCAGCCUGGCUAACCCCAUGGAGAGGUAUGCCGAGGACAUCUACGACGGGGAGGGGGGCGGCGAGGAGGCGACGGACGAGCUGUUUAGCAUGAUGGGAGAGGGGGCCGACGGGGAGGGGGAUGAGGAGGGGGCGGGGGCGGAGUGAGAGGGCGGGCGCAGGCGGGGUGCGCUUGUCACUUUGCCGCGGUGCACUGCUGCCGCCCGUAGUGCUGGGAAUCCGGAGGCAGGUUGGAAUGGGUGAGCGGGCUGUUGGCACACAGGCGGGGGAGGGGCCUGUGCGGCCCGACAUCGGGCUGGACGUGGGGGUUGGGGGUGUGGGUGGGGUCAAAGGGAAACCACACCCCUGCUAGUGGAAACCACAUAUGAAGGCGAGGCAGUAGGUUUAGUUGGGGUGAGAUGGGGACUGUGAGAGGGCCAACCUCGGGGUGUUUGUGCGGGGCAUUGGGGAGGGGUGCAGGCCUGCAGGUUCAGCAGGGCGCGAGGAGGGGGACGAUUGGGAGUCACGGGCUGGGCGGGUGAGUCGUGGUGAGUGCGAGGGUGGAGGGGCGGUGCUGCGAAGAGGAACACGUACAGGUGUAGGAAUGGAACUGCAUGGUGGGGGCAUGCCUGGGAAGGCGACACAAAUGAAAGUAUGGACCGGCGGAGCAUGUACGGGCGACGUGAAGUCGGGGAUGGGCGCUGGCACUGCUGGUGGGGUAGCGUCAGGUACCUGGACGAUGACACACGAGCAAGGGUGCUUGUAACAAACGUGGUCCCUGUUCCUGAUGGCACAGUGCAUGUAGCUGCUGAGCGCGUGAAG